GACGGGAUCCGCCGCAUCUGACCACUCUCACACGUUCGUCUAUCGCAUCGGGCAGAUAACAACAGAGAAGCCAAUGCAAGCAUCGAGCUCGCGAUUCAAUCCGCGCCAGAUUCCAACGUCACCUUCAUCGCCAUUGGUUCUCCUGUAGCCAUCCAAGAGAUCGGUGUCCACCUACCCCCUCGCCUACUCUUGACGAAGAAAAUGGAAUCCUAGAUCUGGAUCUGGAUAACCAAUCACCAAACCUCAAUCUAUCGCUUCUCACCAACCUAAAGUAGUGUGUCCUGUGUAAUUGAAGCACUUUGGCGGAGCGACAGCGACUCGAUCGAGGAGGAGCCGGAGGAUUGCUGGAAGAGUCGUCUCUACAUUACUCUUCGAUCCCCUUUCCUCGCCUCCUCUCUGACACAAAGCGAUCUGCUUCGGUGUUUGCGCAGGUCGCACAAUGGAGCGCGCUCGUAAACUGGCGAGCCAGGCCACCAUCCGCCGCGUAAUAUCGCGCACGUUUCCGUUCUCGGCGAUCACGGCGGCCGCCAAUCGCAACCUGGCGCCCGCCGCCCUCUUUCCUGUCAGUUGCUUCACCACUUCCCUCUUCCGUGUACCCGCUUCCACCCGUUCCCUGCUCCGCAACGCCCAGAUCCGACUUGUCUCGAUCGACGCCCUCCGGCCCUCCGAUACCUUUCCCCGCCGUCACAACUCCGUCACGCCCCAGGAGCAAUCAGCCAUGGCUGCUUCCUGCGGCUUCUCGUCGCUCGAUGAGCUUAUCGACGCAACUGUCCCCGCGUCCAUACGCCUUCCAGACAUGAAGUUUUACAAGUUCGACGCUGGCCUCACCGAAUCGGAGAUGAUCGCUCACAUGAGCCGCCUCGCCGCCAAGAACAAGGUGUUCAAGUCGUUCAUCGGGAUGGGUUACUACGGCACCUUCGUCCCCAGCGUCAUCCUCCGUAAUAUCAUGGAGAACCCGGCUUGGUACACUCAAUACACACCCUACCAGGCCGAGAUCGCCCAAGGCCGUCUCGAGUCUCUCCUCAACUUCCAGACAAUGGUCACCGACCUCACCGCCUUGCCCAUGUCGAACGCCUCCCUCCUUGACGAGGGCACCGCUGCUGCCGAGGCCAUGGCCAUGUGCGAUAACAUCCAGAGGGGCAAAAGGAAGACAUUCUUGGUUGCCUCUAAUUGCCAUCCCCAAACAAUCGACGUCUGCAAGACCAGGGCCGAUGGGUUCGGCAUCAAGGUCGUCGUAACGGACCUCAAAGAUUUUGAUUACAACUCAAACGAUGUCUGCGGAGUUCUUGUGCAAUACCCUGGCACCGAGGGUGAGAUCUUGGACUACGGGGAGUUCGUCAAGCACGCUCACGCCCAUGGCGUGAAGGUCGUGAUGGCAACUGACCUCCUAGCUUUGACGGUUCUGAAGCCACCGGGUGAGUUCGGGGCCGAUAUUGUCGUUGGAUCUGCGCAAAGGUUCGGGGUGCCCAUGGGCUACGGUGGUCCGCACGCCGCUUUUCUAGCGACAUCACAGGAGUACAAGAGAAUGAUGCCCGGUAGAAUCAUCGGCGUCAGUGUCGACUCCACAGGUAAGCCUGCGUUACGCAUGGCAAUGCAGACUAGGGAACAGCACAUUAGGAGAGACAAGGCCACCAGCAACAUUUGCACGGCGCAGGCAUUGCUUGCAAAUAUGGCCACAAUGUAUGCGUUGUAUCAUGGUCCUGAAGGUCUCAAGGAAAUCGCUGAUAGGGUCCAUGGUCUUGCCUGUGACUUUGCACUGGGGCUCAAAAAGCUUGGGACCGUGAAUGUUCAAGAUCUUCCGUUCUUUGAUACUGUGAAAGUCAACUGUUCCAAUGCAAAAGCAAUUGCUGAAGAAGCUUGCAAGAAUGAAAUGAACAUUCGGGUUGUUGACUCUAAUACGGUAACUGUGGCCUUUGAUGAGACUGCCACCCUCGAGGAUGUAGAUAAGCUGCUCAAAGUUUUUGCUUGUGGCAAACCUGUCAACUUCACUGCAGAGUCUCUAGCUCCUGAGGUGCAGAGUCGUCUCCCAAAGGGCCUUGUCAGAGAGAGCCCGUACCUUUCACACCCAAUCUUCAACUCCUACCAUACAGAGCAUGAACUGCUUCGAUACAUGCACAAGUUACAAUCCAAAGAUCUAUCUUUGUGUCACAGCAUGAUUCCUCUUGGAUCUUGCACAAUGAAACUGAAUGCUACUGUGGAGAUGAUGCCAGUGACUUGGCCCAGUUUUGCAAAUCUUCACCCAUUUGUCCCUGCUGAUCAGGCCCGAGGAUAUCAAGAAAUGUUUAAAGACUUGGGUGAACUUUUGUGCACAGUCACUGGCUUUGAUUCUUUCUCAUUGCAACCAAAUGCUGGUGCUGCCGGAGAGUAUGCAGGGCUCAUGGUUAUCCGUGCUUACCAUCUAUCAAAAGGAGAUAGCCAUCGCAAUGUUUGCAUCAUUCCUGUUUCUGCUCAUGGAACAAAUCCUGCCAGUGCAGCUAUGUGUGGAAUGAAGAUUGUUGCAGUAGGAACUGAUUCCAAAGGCAACAUCAAUAUUGAGGAAUUAAGAAAAGCAGCUGAGGAACACAAGGAUAAUUUGGCUGCUCUUAUGGUUACCUACCCAUCAACUCAUGGAGUCUAUGAAGAAGGCAUUGAUGAGAUAUGCAAUAUUAUUCAUCAAAAUGGAGGGCAAGUUUACAUGGAUGGUGCUAACAUGAAUGCACAGGUUGGCCUUACAAGCCCUGGCUUCAUUGGAGCAGAUGUCUGUCACCUUAACCUGCACAAGACAUUCUGUAUUCCACAUGGUGGAGGUGGUCCAGGAAUGGGCCCUAUUGGUGUGAAGAAGCACUUGGCACCGUUCUUGCCAUCACAUCCUGUGGUACCCACUGGUGGGAUACCUCCACCUGAGAAUGCCCAGCCUCUUGGUACAAUUUCGUCAGCACCUUGGGGUUCUGCACUUAUUCUGUCAAUUUCAUAUACAUAUAUUGCCAUGAUGGGCUCUACGGGGUUGACAAAUGCUUCAAAAAUAGCAAUACUAAAUGCAAACUACAUGGCAAAGCGUUUAGAGAAUUAUUAUCCCAUUCUUUUCCGUGGAGUCAACGGGACUGUCGCCCACGAAUUCAUUGUAGAUUUGAGGGCUUUCAAGAUUAGUGCUGGCAUAGAGCCUGAAGAUGUUGCUAAACGCCUAAUGGAUUAUGGAUUCCAUGCUCCUACAAUGUCUUGGCCAGUGCCAGGGACACUCAUGAUUGAACCAACAGAAAGUGAAAGCAAGGCAGAAUUAGAUAGAUUCUGUGAUGCUCUUAUCUCUAUAAGGGAAGAAAUUGCGCAGAUUGAGAGUGGCAAAGCUGACAUUAACGUCAAUGUUCUUAAGGGUGCUCCUCAUCCUCCAUCUCUGCUAAUGAGUGACACAUGGAACAAACCAUACUCAAGGGAGUAUGCUGCUUUCCCGGCUUCUUGGCUCCGAGGCGCCAAAUUCUGGCCUUCUACAGGACGUGUCGACAAUGUGUAUGGCGAUCGUAAUCUCAUCUGUACCCUUCUCCCUGUGGCGCAAAUGGCUGAAGAAGCUGCAGCUGCAGCAGCAACUGCAUAGGCACAUACAUCAUAAUGCUGAAUCUUCAGAAUCUGGCAACAAUAGUCAAAUUCCAAUUUUUUAAAUCCAAAGCGAGAAGGGACAGAACUAAUAAACAUGAUUGUGGCCAGCCUAAUCAUUGGCUCCAAAAAAAAGCAAUGGAAUACGUGCCCAAGUCAAUCAGAUUGCCAAGCUUAAAAAGUAAGGAAAUUAUUACAUUGUCCGUUUAACUAUGCUCUCAAAAUUUUAUUAAUAUGAAAAUGCCCCUUAUUUCA